ACACACACACACAGAGAGAGAGAGAGAGAGAGAGAGACAGUGGUUGCUGCCUUUGCCUUUGCUCCAGUCCAACCUCCAACACUGGAUAUAUGCGAGAGCCAAACGAGAGGCAUCAUUUAAUCGCCCACAAGUCAGGAGGAGGAUGCACCCACUUCAUCCCCUCUCUCUCCUGCUGGUGCAAUGUCUGCUUCAGACGAUUGCCUGCCAUGAGAAGCAUCUAGCAAGAACAAUGGAACUACUGGAAUUAAGAGACAAGUCAGCAGGGCAGACAUUUGCCGAUAGCAUGGUCGACGCUCAAAUGGUAAACCCAUUACGGCUCUUUGUUAAGGAGAUCCCAAGGCCGAGACAGUACAUCGCAGAAACCUCCACUUUAAAAAGCUCAGAAGACUUGUGGACAUGGUUAAACAACCUAACGGACAUUCAGGAAUCUCACUCACGGACUAAACGCAGGCCCAUUGUUAAAACAGGAAAAUUCAAGAAAAUGUUCGGUUGGGGUGACUUCCAUUCUAACAUCAAGACUGUUAAACUGAAUCUUCUGAUUACUGGGAAAAUAGUCGACCAUGGAAACGGAACUUUCAGUGUGUACUUUCGACAUAAUUCAACUGGUCAUGGAAAUGUGUCUGUAAGCCUGGUCCCACCAUCCAAGGUCGUGGAGUUUGACUUCUCUCAACAGUCAACACUGGAGACCAAAGAGUCGAAGACGUUCAACUGUCGGAUUGAGUAUGAGAAAACAGACCGAGCAAAGAAGACUGCACUGUGUAAUUAUGAUCCUUCAAAGAUAUGCUAUCAGGAGCAGACCCAAAGUCAUGUGUCUUGGUUAUGUUCCAAACCAUUCAAGGUUAUAUGCAUAUAUAUAGCUUUCUACAGCGUAGAUUAUAAACUCGUUCAGAAAGUUUGCCCUGAUUAUAAUUACCAUAGUGAAACCCCUUAUUUCUCUUCCGGUUAACAGAACGCUCAUGGGAUAUUUUUGUGACGAUUUAAAUUCUGUACGUAACUUAUUUGUACAUAGUCAGUGUCAUGGAAUAAUAGUAAUAAUAAUAGUAACUGUUUAGGAGAGGCACAUCUGGUUUAAUUGCAACCGAUACCCCAAAGGGAAUAUCAGAUGGUGUAAAUGCAUGAUAAGCAUUCAUAAAAUAAAGAGUCUGUUAUAAACCGUGCUUAUAGCAAGAACAAAUCAAAAUAUGCAGUAAUAUAAAAAAAACUUUCUUUCAAACCCUAGCCUGAGGGUAGUCUGCAUAUAUGCAUUUCCAACUACAGAUGCCAAUACAAGAAUGAACAACUUUAUAAAUGUCAAAUUUACACAUUAAUUGAUAAAUGCAAUCUUUACAGGGCCUUUAAUGGGGGGAAAGAAAAGAAAAUGCAACAGUAGUUUCACCAACUAGCCAAGACAUAACAAAGUAUUGCAGGAACGUGGCUGAACACAUUUUAAUGUACAAUAGAGUGUGUUAGAAAUGUCGUUCUGUAAAAUUGUUCUUUUUUAAAAGCUGUUUGUUUUAUGUGUGAAUAAAAUACUAAUUGUAAGAAAUAAAUGACGGUGAGCUGAUAAGAAAAUAGUUAAAA